AUGAAAAAUGAAAAAGUACAUGUCAAGUUUGAAGAUGAACAAUACUCUUUCUUACCUGAAAUGCUGACAAAGGCAUUUGCAUGUGAUGAGGAGGUCAAAUUGCUUGAAGAUAUUGAGUUGGUGAAAAGUUUGCAAGAAGACCAUGGUGGAUGGAAUGAAGAUAUGAGAAAGAUCAUUGGGAAAACUGGCAAAGUUGUGCAGAUUGAAACUCAGCAUAUUUCUGUGAAAUUUGACACCAAAAUAUGGCACAUUAACCCAAUGGCAUGUGUUGGCCUAAAGAAACCUAAUCUGGAUAUAUCAGAGGAUAUUAAAAAUACAAAAUGCUGCGUGAAUUGUCAUGAAACCACAGAUGAUGUACUUCAAUUGCAGCAUUGUUCUGUUUAUAAUUGGUGCCGUUUCAUUUACCCAAUUGUGCGUCCGCAUCUGGAUUGGUUCGACUUGGCUGAGAGACACCUAGCGAAAACCCACGUGGCUUCCUUGAGAUCAAAUUCACAGCGUGGGCAGAGGAGUUCACUGUGGGUGGAGUCGACUCAGAGACUGGCUUCUAGCUACAUUCCUUGUCGCUGUCGACGAAGAAUUCGUUCCGGGACGAGGAACCUUCGUGGUCUGGUUCCUGGAAGGCCGAUCCAGUGCCGUGGGGCGGUCACAGCCACAGCUAUCGAUAAACCUCUCCUAACAACUGAUGAUGACGUUCAUACAUACGAGUCAAUAUUUUGGAAGGUAAAAGCUAAAAAAUGGGACAGAACAUCCAAGUUUUACAAGGAGCUCCUAAAGUGGAAGUUGGUGACACUGUUGUUAUCAACUUGGAAAAAGACAUUGUGCAAAUGA